AUGUCAUCCAGUUCUUUAAGGAAAGUAGGCGGGCGUCCUAUUAGUAAGAUAUGGGAGUGGUUUGUAAAAGGUGAUCUAGUGCCUAAUUCUAAAGGAUAUUAUUCAGCGACGUGCUCAUUUUGUGAAUAUCAUUGGUUAACAGAUAAGGUGGCAAAACUUAAGAAACAUCUCGCAUAUGAAUGUACCAAAGUUGAUUCUGAUACCAAAAUCAGCAUUUUAAUGAUGCUAACUAAUAACUGUGAUGAUUCAGAAGAUAAUAGUUAUGAUACUUCUACAACGUCAACCACUAAAUCUAAGAAACGAAAAUCAAAUGAUAGAUCACAAACUCAUAUUGAUGACCAUUAUGAAAAUUUUCCUACUCAACUGGGUAAAGAAGAUCAAAUUAACAAAGCAUUGGCUAAAAUGUUUGUAUGUUGCAACUUACCGUUUGCUCUUAUUGAGCAUCCUUUCUUUAUCGAAUUUGUUAAAACUUUAUGUGCUACCUAUAAUCUUCCAAGCCGUUAG